AUGGAUAAACAUCAAUUAUCAACUUCCCCUGAAGAGUAUCACGAAAAAAUUUAUCAAGAAAUCGAUAAAGAGUUUGAAAAUAACAAUCAUGAUUCCGAAGAUAAUUACCUUUUUUCUAUCUAUUCACAAAAUAAUUCAAACAAGGAAAGUGACAUUUUCAAUUAUAAAACCUCUAAUGCUUAUGAUGAUCAAUUAAUUAAUUCUGAAUUCAAGAAUGAUGAUCAAAAAGAAUUGUUAAAAUUAGAAAAAAUCAAGUCAUAUAAAUCCUUUGAAACUAUCAUUAAUCAUUCUCAAUCAGAAUUCUCGACUUCAGAUUCUUCUGAUCUUGAUUCUUUAAUAUGUUUAGCUGAAUUAAAAGUUAGUGAUUCAAAGUUAAAAAUCUUCAAUGAACUCUAUCCAAUACCGGAAGACCCCGGGCUCGUUAAAGGCUUUUGGAUUCUUUAUCCACGGCCACCUGAGUACAAUGAUGAUGGCUUAGAAAAAUUUAUCAACUUAACAAAAACUAUGAAAAUCAAAUCUAUUCAAAGAAUUCUUCCCAUGUUUAGAACUGAUGAAUUAAAUCUGAGAUAUUAUAAUUUAGACUGUAGAAUUAUGAAAGUUAUUUGUGAAGCUCUUUUAAAUAAUCCAUUUAUCAAAAAAAUUGAUUUAACAGAUAAUUGGCUUUCUGUUAAUGCAUGCUUUCACUUGAAUAAACUACUCACAGACAAUAAUAUCUUAACUCAUCUCAAUUUAUCUGGAUGUCGCUUUGGAUCUCUAGGAGCAAAGAAGCUCCAAGAAAGCAUUGGAGCUAUGCAUACUCUCCAGUAUUUAAAUGUUAGUCGGUGUGACCUUGGUAAUGAUGGAUUUAAAUAUAUCAGUAUUGGAGUGUAUUGUAGUUCAAGCAUCCAAAUAGUUGAUUUUUCGCGCAAUGAUCUUAGAGAAAAUACUGCCAACGAUUUUCAAACGAUGCUAAUACAAACAGAUACUCUGCAAACAUUAAAUUUAUCAUGGAAUAAUUUAUAUAGUGAAGAGUUUUGGAAGAAAUUUAUCAUUGGAUUAAUCAGAAACAGUAGUCUAACUGAUCUUAAUUUAUCUUGGAAUUCUUUAGGAACAGACUGUUUACCAUUUUUGCAAGAAUAUUUAACGAAAAUUACAAAUUUAUUGAAAUUAAACCUUAAAAAUAACAGAAUCGGCCCUAAUGAGGUAGCACAAAUUAGUCAAUCACUGAUUAAAAAUAAAACACUAGAAAUCUUAGAUUUGGGAUAUAAUCCUCUUAUGUUAGAAGGAGUAUUUAUACUGAUAGAUAGUUUGAGAAAUAUUUCAACUGAUUCUAAACUUCAGUUAAUUAACUUGGAAAAUAUUUGGGCGAACAAAGAAACUUCUGUAUUAAUAGCAAAAUUAAAAGAAAAAUUACCAAAUUUGGAUAUUAAAUUGGAAGGAAUUUACAGUAAUUAUACACUAGUAGGACCUGAUCCCCGCAAAAUAUUUCUGAAAAGAGCUAACUUUGAAGCCAUGAAACCGAAAAACGUGAGUCGAAAACGAGACUUUGGCCAAUUUAUUAUUUUGCUCCAAGACAUUAUUGUUAAAAAAGAGGAUUUUCGAAAAGCAAUAAAAAAAUAUAAAUUACAAUUAUCAAAGUCAUUAGUCGAAGAGAUAAUGAAUGUAUUCGAAAUUGGGGAUGAUGAUAUAGAUCAAAAAAUACUUAAAGAAUUUUAUUUAAAAGAAUAUCCGGAUACAAAAAUUACUUCUACAGAAGAUCACAAGAAAGUACAUCGCAUUAGAAAAAGAAAAAAAACCAAAAAUAAAGAUUAA